AUGUCGCUGGAUGUGUAUCGGCUGUCUCCAGCUCGCUAUGAAUUUCUGCGUGACAUCGGACGAGAAGUUUUUCGAAGUCAGAGCAGCGGUAGUGGCACAUUGGUUGAUGCGGUGGCGAGUGUAGACAUUGCGGGGUACAUUGGUCGGCGGGGGAAGCUGUUUCGAACGCAGGAUGCUUGCGAGACCUUCUUACAUAAGAAUCUGAAAGACUUUACCGAUUUGGCACAAUUUACGCGUGUGAUGACGCCUGAAUUUGCGGGAGCUUUGCAUGAACUUGAAGCACAAAGGGUGGAGAGACCGAAGGUGUUCGCCAUAGGGGCGCUGCUGGAGCAUGGUUUGUCUAUCCGCUUGAUCACAGAGGGAAAGGACGCUGAGCUGGAAGAAGUCGCGCGCAGAUUGGAGGAGCUGCUUUCGGAUUGGAAGAAGGGGGUUCGAGGGAAGACAUCCGGCACAGCAUUUGCAUCUUGGCAGAAGACAUUGUCAGCCGCCCGGCACUUCGUGAAUCUUUUUCAGGGAGUGGUGGAAAGGAGGCAGGACAAGCGUGCGCGCCUUGAAGAUUUUCCGUCUCAGGUGGGUUUGUGGCACAAGCCUGUGAAUUUUGUGGAGCUAGGCCGCGGCCUGCGGGUGUUGUUCGGGGAGGAUGACGUGCGCUCGAUUGUGGUGUUCCUUGCCCAGAUGUAUUUGUUGAUUCGCAAAUUGCUUGAGUUGCAUCGAGCUUCCGAGCUGUCUGCGCAAGACUUUUCUUAUUCAUUUUGCAAUGUGUUGGGGUUUGGCUCAUGGAGCAAGGUGAUGAUGUGGAGCUGUCGAGCCAAUCCAAGAGUUCAGUACAGGAUUGGGCAAUCCUUCUUGCAGGAUGAGGUGACCUUUUUGAAUUCUUGUAGGCUACUUCGAUUGCACUGUGUUGAUUCAGUGAAUGAUCCGGUCCAGGUACAGACGCGGAAGAACAUUAUGAGCUGUUCAACAGAUUGUAGUGCAAUGGAUCGCUCCCGGACCAUUCUUCGUGCAGUGAUGGUUGUGCAUGCAACGCGUCACUACGAGUUCUCUUCAUGUAUCCGAAAUCAAACCUUGCUGUCGCCAGACCAGGUCCUGGCUUGCUUUUCUCGUGGUCAUGUUGAUGAGGGCCUGGUGCGACGGUCAACGUCCGAGGGUCGGUUCAUGUGUGGCCCUGCUUCGCAAGUCCUCGAGCUUUUGGGACGCCCGAAUGUGAUGGAUACUUUCACGGGCGGAGUUUACCACAGAGAUUUUGAGCAAGCAGUGCUCCAUUUCAAUGCUUUGAGUGGUGCUGCGGGCAUUGACGACGCGGCGAUUUUGGACCAGGUUUGGGACUUGAUCAAAGGUUUCAAAGGAUUUGGAGGUGCUGGCAAUUGCGAGGGUGGCAACGUGAAAGGGUUCGUGGCGAAGAAUAUUGUGUACCAAGGCUUGCGGAACAUUUUGCAUGAGUGUGGCCAGAAGCGUGCUCAGUCGGAGAGGUUUGUUUCUGGCCUGAACCCUUGCAAGCUGGUGACGGUAGCUUUGCAGAAGCGUUCUUGCUCUCGAAGUGAACACAAACAGUUUUACAAAGAUGUUCUUGUUGGUUUGCGUGGUGUGCGUGUGCAGUAUGGCACAGGGGAGCUGUGUGAUUUUUGCGGCGUUGAUGUUAUGGAGAAGCUUCGAGCUCGAGUUCAGCUUCUGAUUGAUGUACCCAACCUGUCGGGUGUGAUCAAGAUGUAUUGGGUUAUUGUCUCGGAAGAGAUGGUGUUCGGUGGAAGCAGCAGCUUCGAUCUCAAAGGCAAGUCCAUGACCUGGUCUUUGCUGGUUGGUGCUCGGCUCAUUUGGUCGGUGACGACGGGGAGACGCUGA